CCUCUCUUUCUUUUACGCUUUCUUCUCUCUCUCGCUCGCUCUCUCUCUGCCAUACACGCGCACACACACAUAUCAGCCCAGAGGCAAGGCACGCUCUGAUGUGCGGAAUACAGACGCAGCUUUAGCUCAGCGAACAGAGGCACGUGGAGAGGCAGACACAGACAAAGCUGCCUUUGCCUUUUUUUUUUUCUUUUGCUCAAAUUUGAUUCACUGGUUACACGUCUGAUUUUGCUCAGCGGUGCUCUGUGCAGGUUUUCUGGUGUUCUAACAGAUAGUUCCAGUUCUCAACUUUGCCUAGAAGUUCCAUUGUGGCAAAUUCUGAGUCUCCAGUAACAUGAGGACAGAAGGCUUGGUUCUGAGAUGUCUACUCUUCGCCACACUGAUGAAGUUGAAUCAAGCCGGCUUGGUAAAGAAGGUUCUACAUCACCAGAGUAAAGUUGUGUCAGUUCAAAAUACAGACAAUGUCACCCAUCCCAGCCCUGAAAAGCCAGUCAUCUUCAGCCAUGUCUAUAAUAUUAAUGUCCCAGAGAGCGCCCUCUGCUCGGUGGACUUAGAUCCUCCUGCCGGUUCAGAUCUUGAGCCAAAGGAUGCACCGUCUGGACCAGAGGCCUCUGAUUACACCUUAGAUGGGCAGAAUCAGAUUGUCUUCACUCACCGCAUCAACAUCCCCAAGCAGGCAUGUAGCUGCACAGAUGGCCUUCCUGAACUGAAAGAGCUUCUGAACCGGCUGGAAAUUUUGGAAGGAGAAGUUUCGACCCUUAGAGAGCAGUGCAGUGGGGAUUCCAGCUGCUGCAGCGCACAGGUCACAGGUGAGCUAGGAACCAAGCCCUACUGCAGUGGCCGUGGAAACUACAGCACAGAAAUCUGUGCUUGCAUCUGUGAGAAAGGCUGGAAGGGCCCCAACUGCACAUUGCCAGAUUGUCCAGAAGACUGCAGUGACCAGGGUCGUUGUAUUGAUGGCAAAUGUGAAUGCUUUGAAGGCUUCGCUGGGGAGGACUGCAGCAUGGAGGUCUGUGCUGUUGAUUGUGGCGAGAACGGUCAGUGCAUCAGUGGAGCCUGUGUCUGCGCUGAGGGUUUCUUUGGUGAUGACUGCUCAAAGACUGCAUGCCCCAAUGAGUGCCUGGGCCGUGGCCGCUGUGUGGAUGGAGACUGCGUGUGUGACGAGCCCUGGACUGGCUUUGACUGCUCCGAGCUCAUCUGCCUAAAGGACUGCUAUGACCGCGGACGUUGUGUCAAUGGUACUUGCUACUGUGAGGAAGGCUUUAGAGGGGAAGAUUGCGGACAGCGCAUGUGCCCCAAGGACUGCAUGGGCCAGGGCUUCUGCGUGGAUGGCCAGUGCGUUUGCAAUGCUGGCUAUACGGGUGAAGACUGUGCCACGCUCACCUGCCCGAACAACUGCAACGGAAGAGGUCACUGUUUCAACGGCAUGUGCAUUUGUGACAGUGGUUACCAAGGUGAGGACUGCAGCGUUCUCUCCUGUCCUAACAACUGCUACAACAGAGGCCGCUGUGUUAACGGCAAUUGUGAAUGCGAUGCUGGUUUUGGUGGCCAUGACUGCUCAGAACUCUCCUGUUCCAACAACUGUAACAGCCAGGGGCACUGCGUCAAUGGGCAGUGUGUGUGCAUAGAGGGAUUUGGAGGUGAGGACUGCAGUGUUAAAACCUGCCCAUCGCACUGCUACAGCCAGGGUCAUUGUGUAGACGGCAAAUGCGUAUGCUUUGCAGGCUAUAGAGGUGAAGACUGCAGUGAGCUGGGCUGCCCCAACAACUGUAUGAACCGUGGCCUCUGCGUAGCAGGGCAGUGUAUCUGUGACGAGGGCUUCACUGGAGAGGACUGUAGUCAGAAGAAAUGCCCCAAUGAUUGCCUAGGCCAUGGAUACUGCGUGGAUGGCCAUUGCGUCUGUAAGGAGGGUUAUGCAGGUGAAGACUGCUCUGUUCAAUCCUGCCCUGCCAACUGUAACAACCAUGGCCGUUGUAUCAAUGGUGUAUGCCUCUGUGAUGAGGGCUUUGAAGGCAAUGACUGUGGACAGAAAAAAUGCCCAAACCACUGCCAUGGAAUGGGCCAGUGUGUGGAUGGACGAUGCAUCUGUGACGAAGGUUACAUCGGUGAGGACUGUUCAGAAGUCUCUCCACCAAAAUCCUUGAUUGCCGUUGAAGUAAACCCAAAGACAGUGAACCUGACGUGGACCAAUGAUAUGCUGGUGAAGGAAUACUUGGUCACCUAUGUCCCCACAACACCAGGGGGAUUGGAGAUGGACUUCCAUGUGCCUGCAAACCAGACCACUGCUACUCUGACCGAGCUUGAACCUGGCAUUGAGUACUCUGUCAACGUCCAUGCCAUCCUCAAUAACAACAAAAGCGUCCCGGUCAACGUCAGAGUGCGCACAUCUCUGCCCCAACCAAAAGGCCUGAAGUUUAAAUCUAUCAGAGAAACAUCUGUUGAGGUGUUUUGGGACCCGCUGGACAUUCCAUUUGAUGGCUGGGAGCUCACCUUUCACAACAUGAAAGAAGAGGACGGAAAGAUUGUGAACAUUCUACCACCUUCCCAAACACAUUUUGAGCAGCCAGGACUUGGACCAGGACAGAAAUACAACGUCUCUGUGCGCCUCAUCAAGAACAACACCAGAGGACCCCCACUGAAAAGGACUGUCGUGACAAAAAUUGAUGCUCCAGGUGAAGUUGAAGUUCGAGAUGUUUCAGACAAAUCUGCUUUGAUCUCCUGGUCCAAGCCAGUGGCAGAGGUGGACAGAAUUAGAAUAUCAUAUGGCCCGAGUGGAGACCCAUCAGCCAGGCAUGUGGAUGUACCCGCAGAUAACAUGCAGCACAGUCUGGAGGGACUGGAGCCCGACACUGACUAUAGAGUGUCUCUCAGUUCAAAGAGGGGCAACAAAACUAGUGAACCUGUUUAUGAGAGCUUCACCACAGGCCUGGAUGCUCCUCGUGAAGUUCACACUGUGGGUCAGACAGAUGACAGCAUCACUGUGGAAUGGAAUAAUAGUCGUGCAUUUGUAGAUGGCUACCGUAUCAAAUAUGGUCCUGUUGUUGGAGGUAGCCAUGGUGAAGAUAUAAUCCCCAGGAGACCAGGAAAUACAACACAGGCCACCCUUACUGGCCUGAAGCCUGGAACAGAGUACGGGAUUGGAGUUACAGCGAUUAAAAAAGAAAAAGAGAGUCAGCAAGUCACCAUCAAUGCAAUUACAGAUCUGGAUGCCCCACAAGAUCUAGAGCUGAGUGAAUCCACAGAAACCACAAUGACCCUGGUCUGGAACAGGCCCAGAGCCAAGAUCUCUAACUACAGGCUGGCGUUUGUCUCACCUGAUGGCAAACAAAAAGAGGUGGAGGUGCCUGCUUCUGCUACCAGCCACACUCGUAAAAAUCUAGUGCCUGGCACACAAUAUAACAUCAGCCUGGUGGCAGAACGGGGCCAGAGGAAAAGUGCCCCCACCACUCUUACUGCAUCCACAGUACCAAAGUCUACUUCCUCUGUAGAUGUCCUUGCAUUGAACAUUGUAAGUGUUCCAACAAAGCUGCCAGCCUCCCCAGUGAGGGUUCAUACAACAGGUCCUACCUAUACUGUGGUAACUGAGGAGUCAGUGAUUGUGGCAGCAAGUGAUAAACCUGUGAAUUUCACACAAGAACCUCAACGUGAUCUAAAAGUUUCUGAUGUAAACCAAACAAGUUCAGAGCUAGCAAACGUUAAUACAACAAACGUUUCGGAAGGAGCAAUAGAAAACCAAAUAGAUGACUUGGCCCCUGGAAUCCUGUAUAAUUCUACAUUGGAUGGGCUCUUGGAGGAAAAGAAAUCUCAUCCAGUCAGUGCUCCUGGCAAGACAGAGAAAAAUAAGCCACAAAUUGGGAAUGUCACUGUAUCUGAUGUGUCAUGGGACAGCUUCAAUGUGUCCUGGAGCAUUGAGGAGGGCACUGCCUUUGAGAGUUUUGUGAUUGAGGUGGCAAGCUCAGACGGUCCAGAGAGGCAGAAGUUGUCAGUGUCCGGUGAUGCUCUUAGCCUGGGCAUGUUUGGCCUUAGCCCCAACACCUCAUACACAAUUGCUUUGUAUGGGGUGCAUCAGGGCUCCAUACUAGGACCUAUCUACACUGAAGCAACCACAGCAAGUGCACCACUGGUUGGAAACCUGUAUGUGUCUAAUGUGACAUCAGAGAGCUUCUCCCUCUCCUGGAAUGGCACUGAAGGGAAUUUUGAAGGGUUUAUUCUGGAGAUAAUAGACUCCAGCUGGCGGAGGGAGCCAGCUGAAUAUAACCUGUCAUGCAAUACAAGCUCCUAUGAUGUCACUGGGUUGAGACCAAGCACUGACUAUAUAGCCUACCUCAGUGGAGUUGUGAAGGGAAAGAGAACUCACACCAUCAGUGCUUUCGCAACCACAGCGGCAGAGCCAGAUUUGUCCGGGCUAGUUGUUUCUAACGUUACGUCAGACAGACUGUCACUCUCCUGGCGGAUGGGAGAGAAGAUGUAUGAUAACUUUAUAGUCGAGGUGAGAGAGUCUGCUUUGCCCUCGCAGGCUAUGGGGCGUACUCUGCCCAUCGGGGCACGCUCCACAGUGCUGAGUGGGCUAAAAGGAGACACACAGUACCGCAUCAAGCUGUAUGCUUCCUCUGGCAAUCGCAACUCAGCUCCCCUGACUGCUGUGGUCACCACAGAACCCAAGCCCAGGUUGGGUCCCAUAGUGGUAUCUGAUACGCACCCGAAUAACUUCACCCUAUCCUGGAGCACGGUAUCAGGGCACUUUGAUGGCUUUGUCAUUCGUGUCAGUGACAUGGAGCAGUUGUAUGACAUAGUUGAGCUGAAGCCUUUGGGUGCGACUCGAAAUGUAACUGUGCCUGGCCUUGUGGAUUCUACGGUCUAUAAUAUUCAGUUUUAUGGCAUUUCUCAUGGUCGCCAGACCCCUUCAGUUUCCCUUCAAACUACCACAGCACCGUUACCCAAAGUGGAAAACCUCACAGUUUCAGAUAUUACUCCAUAUGGUUUCCGGGUGUCCUGGACAGCACGGUCUAGUGAGGGCUUCAAGCAUUUUCAAGUAAAGGUGUCAGAUUCUGGUCGACUGCUGGAACCACAGGAGUUCCAGGUGCCAGGCAACCAGACCUCGUUGGAAAUCUGGGGCUUGAUUACUGGCAUUGGCUAUGAGAUCAGUUUGACUGGGGUUUCAGGGUCUGGGCUGCAGUCCCUCCCAGUGACCACAGUGGCUGUGACAGAGGCUGAGCCUGAGAUCGAGCACCUUUUUGUGUCGGAUAUCACUCCGGAGAGCUUCCGCCUUUCUUGGACAGCAGACGACAUCUUUGAUCGAUUUGUGAUUAAAGUCAGGGAUUCCAAAAAGCUUACCUACCCACAAGAGUUCAGUGUCCCUGGGGAUGAAAGAACCAAAGUUUUGACAGCACUUACUGGGGGGACUGAGUAUGAAAUUGAGUUAUAUGGUGUCACUUUGGAACGUCGCUCCCAGCCCAUAACAGCUGUUGCCAGAACAGGCCUUGGAGCUCCGCGGUCCAUUCACUUCUCUGACAUUACGGACACCUCUGCCGUUGUCCACUGGAAUGUCCCUCAUGAUACGAUUGACACCUACCGCAUCACUUACGUGCCACUCCAGGGAGGUGGCCCUGCAAGAGUGACUGAAGUGGACGGUUCACAGUCUCAGACGCCUCUGACCAACCUGACACCUGGUGAAUCAUAUCAAGUAACAGCCAUUGCAAUGAAGGGUCUGGAGGAGAGCGAUCCAAUAACUGGCAUUGUCACUGCAGCUGUAGACAUGCCACGGAGUCUCACUGCCGCCAAUGUCACUGAUACAGAAGCACUGCUGCUGUGGCAACCUGCUGUAGCCACUGUUGAUGGAUAUGUCAUCACAUACAGUGCAGACACAGUGGCACCAGUGACAGAACAGGUAUCUGGCAACACUGUAGAAUUUGAGAUGAAUAAUCUGGAACCAGCCACUCAAUACACUGCUACUGUACAUGCCGUGAAAGACGGCCAUAAGAGUGCUCCUGCUACUGUUGAUUUUACCACAGAUGUGGAUCCUCCCCGGGAUCUGGUGGCCAGUAAUAUUCAGACUGAUAGUGCUGUUCUCACCUGGAAGCCACCUAGGGCACCCAUCAAAGGCUAUGUGCUGACCAUUGAGUCACCUGAUGGCACUAUCAAGGAAGAGAUUCUGGACCCUUCAGUGACUUCACACAGGCUGCCCAAGCUCAUUGGCUCCACUGCGUACUCUGUCAGACUACAGGCUUUUGUUGAGCCAGACAGAAGCCAGCACCAGAGCCAGAAAGUCAGCACUGAUUUCACCACUGUUGGAGUGCUCUACAAGAAUCCAAAGGACUGCUCACAGACACUUCUGAAUGGAGAGAUCACCUCAGGUCUAUACACCAUCUAUCCUGGUGGAGAUGAGAAGCUGCCAGUGCAGGUCUACUGUGACAUGACCACUGAUGGAGGUGGCUGGGUGGUGUUCCUGAGGCGUCAGAAUGGAAAUGUUGACUUCUACAGGAACUGGAAGAAUUACACCAGUGGAUUUGGUGAUGUUAAUGAUGAGUUCUGGCUAGGACUCAACAACCUCCACAAAAUCACAGCAUCAGGCCAGUAUGAGCUCCGAGUGGAACUGAGAGACGGCCAGGAGUCAGCUUAUGCACAAUAUGACAGAUUCUUUGUUGCGGAACCCCGCAGCCGAUACAAGGUCCAGAUUGGUGCCUACAGUGGCACUGCAGGUGACUCUAUGACCUAUCAUCAGAACAGACCCUUCUCCACCUAUGAUAACGACAAUGACAUUGCUGUGACAAACUGCGCACUGUCCUAUAAAGGUGCUUUCUGGUACAAAAACUGCCAUCGUGUUAACCUUAUGGGACGAUAUGGAGAUAACAGCCACAGCAAGGGCAUAAACUGGUUCCACUGGAAAGGCCAUGAGCAUUCAAUUCCAUUCGCAGAGAUGAAGAUUCGACCAGUCAACUUCCGGAACUUGGAAGGCAGGCGGAAACGGUCAUAGACUUUAUCACGAAACUCAGUUGAUUUACAAGGUCAAUAACCAGACACAGAGAUAACUUUAUUAAAUC